AUGAAAAAUCCGAAUAUAAAGUUAGCAUCCCAUCAUCAAUUUCCAUUCGGGCUUGUGAAUUGCAUUACAAUAUCUUGUUUGAUAUUUCUGGUUUAUCUUCUCCUUUCAUUAGUCCUUGAUCCAAAUGCAAAUCAAUCGUACCGCGCACUUUCUGAGCAGCAUUUGACUACCACUACCUCUACAACUUCCCUUGAGCACAUUGUUUUUGGGAUUGCCUCUUCGAAAAACUCAUGGUUAAGAAGGAAAGAAUUUGUCAGGCUUUGGUGGAGGCCAGAAGUAAUGAGAGGAUGUGUUUUCCUUGAAGAAAAGCCAGUGAAUCUCUCAACUUCUCUACAAAAUGAUACUGUUUCUCUUCCUCCUGUAUGCAUUUCUGGUGACACUUCUCGAUUUCCAUAUACAUAUAAGUUAUUUGGUCAAAGAUCAGCUAUUCGGGUAGCCAGAGUUGUAUCAGAAACUGUGGCUUUAAACCACAGUAAUGUCAGAUGGUUUGUGUUUGGAGAUGAUGAUACGUUUUUCUUCCCUGAGAAUCUGGUGAAGACCCUAUCAAAGUAUGAUCAUGGCCUGUGGUAUUAUAUCGGGGCUAAUUCAGAAGAUUUCGACGCGAAUAAACUUUUUUCCUUUGAAAUGGCAUAUGGUGGAGCUGGAUUUGCUAUAAGCUAUCCCUUAGCUAAAGUCUUGGCUAAAGUUCUUGACUCCUGUCUGGAAAGAUAUCCUCAUGUCUUUGGCAGUGAUGGAAGGAUUCAGGCCUGUUUGAUGGAACUUGGCGUCUCUUUGACGCAUGAACCCGGAUUUCAUCAGAUGGAUAUUCGGGGAAACAUUUUCGGGUUUAUGGCUGCACAUCCUAUAAGGCCGCUGGUUACUCUCCAUCACUUGGAAGUACCAGAGCCAAUCUUUCCCAAGAUGACUACUUUGAAGUCUAUGGAGCACUUGAUGAAAGCAACAAAGUUUGAUCCUCUGAGGAUCUUGCAACAAGCAGUUUGCUACGAUCAAAGAUCCUUGUUUACAAUCUCUGUGUCCUGGGGAUACGCAGUUCAACUUAUCGCAAGAGAUGUCCCUCUCCCUGAUGUAUUACGAGCCCAACUGACUUUUACUUCCUGGAGACAGACACCACAUGUUACUCUUGAUGCUCAGGGAUAUGACUCUGAUCCAUGUAAGAGGCCAGUUGUUUUCUUUUUCGACGGUGUCUACACCAGUGAUGAUGGCAUCGUAAGCAUCUACUGGAGGAUGGACAUUAACUGUACUUAUGACAAGAAAAUCGAAGAGAUCAGAGUGGUUUCAGAAAAGUUAGACCUUGACAUCAAACAGUUGCAGGCACCACGAAGGCAAUGCUGCGAUGUAUUGCAGUCUUCCGCAAACAGCACCAUACAUGUCGCCGUUAGAGAAUGUGGACCAGAAGAACUGAUUCGCAUGCAUCCAUAG